AUGGAUAAGAUUCAAAAUGGAUGGUUUAGUGAAAUAAGUGAAUUUUGGCCAGGUCAUUGUUUUUCUUUGGAAGUAGAAAAAGUUUUACAUCAUGAAAAAUCACAAUAUCAAGAUAUUUUAGUAUUUAAAUCAAAAAGUUUUGGAAAUGUUUUAGUUUUAGAUGGCGCAAUCCAAGCUACAGAAAGAGAUGAAUUUUCAUAUCAAGAAAUGAUUACCCAUAUCCCAUUAUUUUCACAUCCAAACCCAAAACGUGUUUUAGUUGUAGGUGGUGGUGAUGGUGGUGUUUUAAGAGAAGUCGUUAAACAUCCACUCGUCGAAUCAGUUACCUUAUGCGAAAUUGACGAAGGUGUUAUCAAUGCAUCAAAGAACUUUUUACCAAAGAUGAGAGUUGGUUUCGAACAUCCAAAAGUCACUUUAUUCAUUGGUGAUGGUUUAGAAUUCAUGAGAAAGAGAAAAGGAGAGUUUGAUAUCAUCAUUACCGAUUCAUCCGAUCCAAUUGGUCCAGCCCAAGGUCUUUUCGAACGUCCAUAUUAUGAACUCUUAAAAGAAGCUUUAGCACCAGGCGGUAUUGUUUGCUCACAAGCUGAAUCUUUAUGGUUACAUUUAGACACCAUCAAAAACUUAUCUGGUUUCUGUAAAGAACUUUUCCCACAUGUCGAAUAUGCCUACACAUCCAUCCCAUCAUAUCCAGGCGGUUCAAUUGGUUUCAUCCUUUGCUCAAUGGGUGGCUCAUGCAAAAAACCAGUUCGUGAAAUUGCCUCUGAUGUCCAAUCUCAAAUGCAAUACUAUAAUGAAGAAAUCCAUAAAGCAAGUUUCGUUUUACCACAAUUUGCUUUAAACAAAUUAAAUUUAUAA